AGGCGCUUUAUAUACAUGGCAACUUCAAUAUUGAUUUUAUUCACUUCCUGUUUCACAUUGCCUUUGCUUGUACUUGUUGAUAAAAUGGACUAGUUGGACACAUAAAAUAUCUUGGAACAGAUAUGCUUGUGUGUGUGAAUAUUUUGCUGAGAUAGUAGUGAUCGAGAUAUUGUUAAAGAGGUGACCAUUUAUCAUACUGAUCUUCAAGACAUGGAACACAGCCACAAGGAGGCUAUCAGGAAGAACUGGACAUACCUGCUGGAGAACCUCGUGGUCGAUGAUCUUCUGGACUAUCUGAUAUCCCACUCCAUUAUCACAGAGAAUAUGAAGGAAGAAGUGGAGAUACAGAGAACACGGAGGGAGAAGGCCACCCAGCUACUGUUCAUCGUACAGAAGAGGGGGCCGAAGGCCUUCCAGAUCCUGUUAGAAGGACUCAGAGAAUGUCACAUGGAGUUCAUAGCGGACAGAUUAGAAAGCUCUGUAUGAAUGUUAAUCAUGUCCUUACAUUGCUGUGAAAUUGUCAAUGAAUGUGUAGCUAUACCCAUGGUACAUUUACUUAAAUUACUAGCUUAUACCUAGAAAUAACUAUUUGUUUUAUUGCCUGUGAUAUUCAUUUCCAUCAAGCAUUACAUCUGUAUAUUAGUAUGGCUAAAUUUAAUGUUCAAGCAGCUUUAGGUUGAUGUACAUGUGUGGCUAUUUAUGUAAUAUGUUAACUUUGCUACAUGGUAUUACUCUGUCCAAGUACUUUUCCACUUCAAAUUUUACCAAUUUUAAACAUGUACAUGCAUGUGUUUGAAUACUCAUAAACUGUUUACCAAUGCAGCCUAAAUUCAUUUGAAAAAUUGUUUAUAUAUAGUGCUCCAAAAAAGCUUGAGCUCUGAAUUGAUUAAAGUUGCUUGCCGAAUUGAUCCAAGUUGCAGAAUUUUCAUAUUAGAAAUCCUUGUUCUGAAGGAAUUUGUUUGUAUCCUUGCUUGAAGUUGUCAAUUUCCAUCAAAUAAGAAAAAUCUGUAAAGAAUUCUAUUAUGUCAAAUUUGAUUUGAAUUGUUCUUUAAUAGGCAUGUUUAUAUUUUAUCAAAAAGUGAUCAGAAUUGACAAAAAGUGGGGUUUUGGAAAACAACAAAAAGAGUAACUCUUGGUAAGAAAUAUAUGCCAGCUUUUAAAGACUUUACUUCUACUGUAGACACAAUGCAUGCUUUUUAACAUUAUGGUACAUGUUUUGUACAUUAUUCACAUAAUACUCUUAAAAAAUAAAAGUUAAAUUGUUAAAAAAGUAUUCA